UCUGACGUGCGAUGAAGACAGUGACAUGUAAUAUAAUCGAGUCAUAAUUUCAAACGAGUACAGAUUUGAAAUGCACCCGUUUAUCAACAAUUAGCUUUCGCAAUUCUGAACUGCUCAUUUUGGACUAGAUUUCAAUUGGCAAUAUCACUUCGCGGACUUUUCAUUAGAUUGACUUCACUUAUUUUGCUUUUGAUUGAUUACGCGACAUCAACGAUAAGGGAUCCACAUCAGCACGGGUUUGAAGGGGAGAGUCUUUAGGUGACGGAGUUAUUUCGAUAUGAUUGUCAUAAGCUGGAUCAUAGAUGCCUUCAUUCUAUUUAUUGGACUUCAGACCAGCGGUAGAAUGCCAAUUGCGACUGGCAGGCCACAAAGGCAACCCAGUGGAGCUGAGCCAAACUGUUACAUGCCCUUGCACCGAUCAAAGUAUACCAUCACCAAGACUUGGCAAUCCUCAAGGCCGAGAGUAACAGAGGGCCUGGCACCAAACCUCCAUGGAGGUGAUGCGUGGACAGCUGAAGAUCCCGUCUUUUCGGGAGAUUACGAUUUUAUAACAAUAGUUUUCGACAACAAGUACACGGUGACUGGAAUAGAAACUCAGGGAAGUCGAGGCGAGGAGGAGUGGGUGACGGAGUUUGAAGUAGCCUCCAGUGAAGAUUGCAAUACAUUUACAAAGAUUUUGGAUGGAACAACUCCAAAGAUGUUUCCCGGUAACGUCGAUGGUAGAACAGUGGUAUCAAACGUCUUCCAUGAAGCGCUGGUGGCAAGGUGUGUCCGCGUCAUCCCUAAAGCGGUGUGGAACAAAAAGAUAGCUCUCAGGCUCGCAAUUUUGGGAUGUGAUUUUGCCAGUUGUCGCCAAAAGCUUUCUUCUGAAAACAUGAGUGCCUUUCCAAAACCCGAUCUUGUUGCUGGAAACUGCUGCGGUAUAUCAAAGUACAGUCACGCGCGGAAAGGUUCCGGGGACCAAGCGAUCAGAAAGCGUAUCGUUGGCGGCACGCCGUCUUUGCCGGGCGAGUGGCCGUGGUUGGUUGCCUUGUACGAACCGGACCGGACUGGCCGGAGGAUGAGACAGUUCUGUAGCGGCUCCUUGAUACACCCGCAGUGGAUUAUGACAGCGGCCCACUGUUUACAGCACAUUCAUAUAAACUGGGAGAUGAGCAAAGAUGGACAUUUCAAGUUUUCCUGGAGAUGGGACUUCGACUACAAAUCAUGGGAAGUUCGAGUUGGGGAGCGUAGCGUUAACGGAAGAGUGGAGACACUCUAUAAAGUAACACCUGACAAAAUAAUAGCACAUCCAGAAUAUAGGAAUAAAACUAGUCUUAAUUCUAUUGACAGAAUAUCUUACGAUAUAGGUUUGAUAAAGUUGGCCGAACCUCUACCUCUUGGAGACUUCUUAAAUCCCGUGUGCCUUCCUGAAGAAGAUGAGAUGCUACCCAAUGGGAUGGAAUGUUUCGCCUCUGGGUGGAGUGAUACCAAUACAUCAUCAGGUGAAAUGUCUUCCGAAAUUCGUCACGUGGUUCUCCGUCUCAUCGACAACGACGAAUGUACCCGGAUGUUAAACAAAUCUAAAAUUGGCGUAGAUGAUGGAGAGUUGUGUGCUUAUGCUCCGGAAGGUGGGAAAGACACGUGUAAGGGCGACUCUGGAGGACCACUGGUUUGUUACCUUAACGACCGCUGGGUGCAAAUUGGUGUGGUCUCAUGGGGUUACGGUUGCGGCAGACGGGGCUACCCUGGGGUCUACACACGAGUCAAAUCCUAUACGACAUGGGUAAAUUCGGUUAUCAGAGCGGAGACGAGAUGAUACGUGUAGGCCUAUGUACAUGGAGUUGACUUUGAUGAUUAGAGAAUCUGCUUAGAAUCUAGAACUGCUGCAUGAUGUGUAGGUGUGGUCCUCUGUCCUCGUCGUUAAAAUUAGUGCAGGG